AAUUCUGGAAGGUGUACUUGUUGACUGGGCAACAACGUGAGGCUCGCAAAAGGGGGCAAGCUCUCAGUUUUGUACUCCAAGCGAAUAUGAUGCUGGCCGCGACGUCGACGCAGCGCCUGCGCCGCGAGGCUGCCUCGGUGCUGCGUGACCCUCGCAACGCGCGGCAUCUGCACUUGCUGCAGCAGCAACUGGGAAGCUCGCUGCAGCGCAAUGGAAUGCGUGGAGUGCUCCGUGGUGUCCAGCAGAACCCGAUGAUGAUGCGUCAAGUGCUGCAGUCCACGCGCCCGCACACGUUCCUCCGAAGGACGAACGCGGACAAGCCGCUGAGCUGGGCGACAUGGCUUCAGGAGAAUAUCCCCAAAGGUUUCGGUCGUUUCUACCCCAAGAACGGUGCUAGUGGCGCUGGCAAAGCCGGUGGUCCGCCCAAAACUGCCCCCAAGACAGGUGAGAAAGGAGCUGGAGACGUCAAGAAAUUAAGCUCCAAGACAGCAGAGAAAAAGACUGGAGGCAGUGGAGGUUCAGGAAGCGGUGGAGGCCCCAACGGCAAAGAUGGCAUGGCCUACCUGGUCCCUCUGGCAGUAGCUGCCCUGUUCCUGUCAGACUUGGCAUCUAUUGACAAGCCAAUGCAGGAAAUUACGUAUCAGGAAUUCCGCAACACUUUCCUGGAGUCUGGACGUGUGGAAAAGCUCGUGGUGGUCAACAAGAAAUACGUCAAGGUGUUUCUAAACGACAUGGCAGGUGCAACGCAGCCAGUUGGAGCGAGCUCUACGCACGGCAAUGCCAAUGAUUUCUCGGACUGGAACGACCCUCACGCUAAGGGACACCACGAGCAUGACUUUGCUGAGUCAGACCGUCAACCUAGCAGUGGCCGAGGAGUAAGCUUGCCUGGUUUGGGAUCACGUGGUGGCGCUACUGGACGCCCCAUCAACAGCCCGACUUACUACUUCAACAUCGGCACUGUGGAAGGCUUUGAGCGACAGAUUGAGCACGCACAACAUCAGAUGGGUAUUCGCCCUCACGACUAUAUUCCCGUGCAGUACACCAACGAGAUUAGCUUCACGACGGAGCUGAUGAAGUUCCUGCCGACUAUUGUGUUGAUCGGCUUCCUGCUCAUGACCAUGCGUGGUGUCGGCGGAGGAGCAGGCGGCGGUGGCGGCGGUAUUGGCAACAUCUUCAAGGUGGGCAAGAGUCCGGCCAAAAAGAUCACCAAGGAGGACAUUAAGAUCUCGUUCAAGGACGUGGCUGGCGUGGAUGAAGCUAAGAAGGAGAUCAUGGAGUUCGUGGACUUCUUGCGUAACCAGAAGCGCUUCACGGAGCUCGGUGCCAAGAUCCCCAAGGGUGCUCUGCUUGUUGGCCCACCCGGUACGGGUAAGACGCUGUUGGCUAAGGCCACAGCUGGUGAGGCCAGCGUCCCGUUCUUCAGCAUUUCCGGCUCGGAUUUCAUUGAAAUGUUCGUCGGUGUGGGUCCGUCUCGUGUGCGUGACCUGUUCAAGGAGGCUCGUGCCAAUGCUCCGUGCAUCGUGUUCAUCGAUGAGAUUGAUGCUGUGGCGCGUGCUCGAAGCAAAGGAAACUUCUCGGGUGGCAACGAUGAGCGUGAGAAUACUCUGAACCAGCUGCUGGUCGAGAUGGAUGGCUUCAACUCGAGUGAGGGUGUUGUGGUGCUCGCUGGUACGAACCGAGCUGAUAUUCUAGACAAGGCUAUCCUUCGUCCCGGUCGAUUCGACCGGCAGAUCACCGUGGACGUCCCGGAUAUCAAGGGCCGUCGCGAGAUCUUUAAGGUGCAUCUGCAAGGCUUAACGCUCGAUGGCAACGUGGACGACUUCGCACGUCGGAUGGCUGCACUCACGCCUGGUUUCGCGGGUGCUGAGAUCGCGAAUAUCUGUAACGAGGCUGCUAUUGUGGCCGCACGACGGAAUGGCACCAACAUCUCGUUCAAGGAUUUUGAACAGGCUACCGACCGUGUGAUCGGAGGACUGGAGACCAACCGCAUCAUGUCUCCGGAGGAGAAGAAAACGGUCGCAUACCACGAGGCUGGACACGCUGUGGCUGGUUGGUUCUUGGAGCACGCUGACCCAUUGCUGAAGGUGACGAUUGUGCCGCGUGGCAAGGGAUCGCUCGGUUACGCGCAGUAUCUGCCAAAGGAGGUGGCUCUGCACAGUCGUGAGGCUUUGACGGACAUGAUGUGCAUGGCUCUCGGUGGUCGUGCGUCGGAGUUUGUGAACUUUGAUGGUCGCAUCACAACCGGCGCGUCCGAUGACCUUCGUCGUGUGACCCAGAUCGCCUACUCGAUGGUGCAGUUGUACGGUAUGAACGACCGUGUGGGCCAGCUCUCGUUCCCUCGGGAGGAAGGAGCGUAUCCGGACAAGCUCUACAGUGACAAGACGUCCGAGAUCAUGGACGAGGAAGUGCAGAAGAUCGUACACAACGCGUACGAACGCACCAAGCAGCUUCUGAUGGACAAGCAGACGCAGCUGCAUGAACUGGCCGAGGAAUUGCUGCAGAACGAGACUAUCAACCACGGAGACAUCGUGCGUGUACUGGGUCCUCGUCCGUUUGGCGGUAACAAGACGUACACGGAGUUCGUGGAGGAGUCCUGGAAGGAUGCAGACCAAUAUGAAGCAGACAAGGCCAAGGCACCCGAGACAACACCCGAAGCGAAGGAUAGUGAGACCGAGUCCAGUGAGGACGAAGCUAAGGACGAGAAGUAGACUGGUAGCCUAGCCACUGAUAAACGCACUUGUCCUGCACAAUAAACGAACCAAGAGGAACUCGUGUCUUGUACAUGUAGUUGAUUGCGUUGCUGCCCGCA